GGGAUUUGGAAGGACAGGCUCGUGUCUGAAAUGUCUGGAAUAUGGCGCAUGCUGAUUUCGUAUUUUACUUCGCGGACCAUGGCGGACACGUUAUCGGUUGUCGUUGGGAGGAAAAGGUGUCAGUGGCGCGCUGGAGCUGUACCAGAGUGGCACCGUGGGAAAAAGGCGCGACUGUAAGUGACUACUCUCACGUGAUGCUGGUAACGCGCGUCUUGAUCACGCCCUCUCUCUCCACUUUUCUUGAUUGUGGCGUACUCUAAUGCGCUCAAUGCCCGAGUCAGACUCGUUAUGGGCGUUGGUAGCAUUUUUAGCGUUUAUUUACUGGAAAAGCACUAGUGUUGUCCUACUUGCAAAUCUCGGACACGGCCACAGCAUCCAUAGUUCAGCCAGCUCCACUGACAUGACUUUUGACAACCUGCGUUGAUCGUAUGUACCAUACAUAGCCCAAACUCGUUACCAGUACUAAACUUGCUCACACCACCAACCUCUCGGUCUUCUACGAUCCUUUACUGCUCAUUAAUCAUACCAACCCUGUUUCGCACAACGUCUUUCCUUU